AACAACCGCUGACUCCCGGGUUCCUGGGAGGCUGUACCUCUGUCCCUCUGCUCCAGGUCAAACCGGCUGUAUGCUUAGCCUCAGGAACAUGCGGCAGGUGGCAGCCCACGGCCCAUGGCAGUCUCCUGAAUAUUUACGCAUUGCCGAAUCUCCUGUGGACAAACCACCAACAGGCCAGGACUGUCCCGUGGACAGACGGGGUGAGCCUCUUCCUGUGUCUGGAGAUUCUGAAAAGAUUUGAUCACCAGGCAGGAGAUUUUUCGGGACAUUACCAGACCACUCAUUUUCGUGGCUGCCUCUGGGUGAUGAUGGCCGCAUGAGCACCCGCCAUGGCCCACCGGAAGCGUGAGAACGCGGGGAGCGGCAUGUUGGACCAUAGGGUGAGACCGGGUCCUGUCCCCCACAGCCAGGAGCCCGAGAGUGAGGACAUGGAGCUGCCCUUGGAGGGCUAUGUGCCCGAGGGCCUGGAGCUGGCUGCCCUGCGGCCAGAGAGCCCCACGCCCGAGGAACAGGAGUGCCACAACCAUAGCCCUGAUGGGGACUCCAGUUCUGACUAUGUGAACAACACCUCCGAGGAGGAGGACUAUGACGAGGGCCUCCCUGAGGAGGAGGAGGGCAUCACCUACUACAUCCGCUACUGCCCUGAGGACGAUAGCUACUUGGAGGGCAUGGACUGCAAUGGGGAGGAGUACCUGGCUCACGGCGCGCACCCCGUGGACACUGACGAGUGCCAGGAGGCGGUGGAGGAGUGGACGGACUCCGCGGGCCCACACCCCCAUGGCCACGAGGCUGAAGGCAGCCAGGACUACCCGGAUGGCCAACUGCCCAUCCCGGAGGAUGAGCCGUCUGUCCUUGAGGCCCACGACCAGGAAGAAGACGGUCACUACUGUCCCAGCAAAGAGGGCUACCAGGACUACUACCCCGAGGAGGCCAACGGGAACACGGGCACCUCCCCCUACCGCCUGAGGCGCGGGGAUGGGGACUUGGAGGACCAGGAGGAGGACAUCGACCAGAUAGUGGCAGAGAUCAAGAUGAGUCUGAGCAUGACCAGCAUCACCAGUGCCAGUGAGGCCAGUCCCGAGCAUGGGCCUGAGCCGGGGCCUGGGGACUCUGCAGAGGCCUGCCCACCCAUCAAGGCCAGCUGCAGCCCCAGCAGGCACGAGGCGAGGCCCAAGUCACUGAACCUCCCUCCCGAGGCCAAGCACCCCGGAGACCCCCAGAGAGGCUUCAAGCCCAAGACCAGGACCCCAGAAGAGAGGCCGAAGUGGCUCCCAGAGCAGGUUUGCAAUGGUCUGGAGCAGCCAAGGAAGCAGCAGCGCUCUGAUCUCAAUGGACCUGUUGACAAUAACAACAUUCCAGAGACAAAGAAGGUGGCAUCAUUUCCAAGUUUUGUGGCUGUUCCAGGACCCUGUGAACCAGAAGACCUCAUCGAUGGGAUCAUCUUUGCUGCCAAUUACCUGGGGUCCACCCAGCUGCUGUCAGAACGGAACCCUUCCAAAAACAUCAGAAUGAUGCAAGCGCAGGAGGCCGUCAGCCGGGUCAAGAGGAUGCAGAAGGCUGCUAAGAUCAAGAAAAAAGCGAAUUCUGAGGGGGAUGCCCAGACACUGACGGAAGUGGACCUCUUCAUUUCCACCCAGAGGAUCAAGGUUUUAAAUGCAGACACGCAGGAAACCAUGAUGGACCACGCCUUGCGUACCAUCUCCUACAUCGCCGACAUUGGGAACAUUGUGGUGCUGAUGGCCAGACGCCGCAUGCCCCGGUCAGCCUCUCAGGACUGCAUCGAGACCACACCCGGGGCCCAGGAAGGCAAGAAGCAGUAUAAGAUGAUCUGCCAUGUGUUCGAAUCAGAGGAUGCCCAGCUCAUCGCCCAGUCCAUCGGCCAGGCCUUCAGCGUGGCCUACCAGGAGUUCCUGCGAGCCAAUGGCAUCAACCCCGAAGACCUGAGCCAGAAGGAGUACAGCGAUAUCAUCAACACCCAGGAGAUGUACAACGACGACCUCAUCCACUUCUCCAACUCGGAGAACUGCAAGGAGCUGCAGCUGGAGAAGCACAAGGGCGAGAUCCUGGGUGUGGUGGUGGUGGAGUCAGGCUGGGGCUCCAUCCUGCCCACGGUGAUCCUGGCCAACAUGAUGAAUGGCGGCCCGGCCGCCCGCUCAGGGAAGCUGAGCAUCGGGGACCAGAUCAUGUCCAUCAAUGGCACCAGCCUGGUGGGGCUGCCGCUCGCCACCUGCCAAGGCAUCAUCAAGGGCCUGAAGAACCAGACACAGGUGAAGCUCAACAUCGUCAGCUGUCCCCCGGUCACCACGGUCCUCAUCAAGCGGCCAGACCUCAAGUACCAGCUGGGCUUCAGCGUGCAGAAUGGCAUUAUUUGCAGCCUCAUGAGAGGGGGCAUUGCCGAGCGAGGGGGCGUCCGCGUUGGCCACCGCAUCAUCGAGAUCAACGGGCAGAGCGUGGUGGCCACAGCCCAUGAGAAGAUAGUCCAAGCUCUGUCCAACUCGGUCGGAGAGAUCCACAUGAAGACCAUGCCCGCCGCCAUGUUCAGGCUCCUCACGGGCCAGGAGACCCCGCUGUACAUCUAGGCGCCCCCAGCCUGGCCACGCAGCCUGGACACCGGGCAGGGCCACCCGGGCCCGGAGGAGCUGGGAGCCGGGCCGCAGAUUUGACCCCGACGCCACAGCCCAGCCACGGACACUGGCUCCCCAAAGGGCGUGCCCUCACCGCCCACUUGGUUUCUUUUGUUUUCAUUUUGCCAAAAAGGGGUGUGUCUUUAUCAAAGGAGAGUCACAGAACAAAUGUUUGUAAAGCGUUCGAGUAUUUUGCCACGUUCUGGACUGUCUUCUCCCUGCACCAGCCAGGGUGUGUCUCGGUAGCCGUGCG